CCGAAAUAACUAAAAUGUUCCUUAAAUGCCUUGAUUGCCGUUGUUGCUUUAGUAUCCCUUACCGCACGUAUAUUAAUAAAUUUAGUAAAUGCAUCUAUAAUAACAAGCAAAUACAUGUUGCCUCUCUUUGAGCGAAUAAACGGGCCCAGAUGAUCUGCGUGUAGUGUAUGGAAUGGCUUCUCCAACUUCGGUAUGGGGUGAAGCAUUCCUUCCUUGGGACCACCAGGUGCUUUGUGAUGCGCACACUCCAGGCAAGCGGAAACGUAUUUCUUAGUGAAUCUACGCAUUUUUGGAAACCAAAAUGUGCUUCUUAAACGAUUUAAAGUUUUUUCGAAACCAAAAUGCCCCACAUCGUCGUGAUUCAUGCGCAGCACCUGCCACCUACAACCCCUCGGAACUACCCAUCUCAAUCCUUCGUCUAAAACUUUGUACACGUAGUUACCUUUCAACUGAUAAUUCUUACGCACGUCAGCUACAAAUUUGGUUUUGUCAUCUUCUAAAAUAUCUCUUAUACGUUUUAUCUCACUAUCAUCACCUUGUACAGUAGCGAUCCAGUCUCGUAAAUCUACGUGUAAAACAUCAAAAACGUUUUCAGUGUCCAUAUCAGUAGGCUCACUAACAGGUCCACGGCUGAGGGCAUCUACGUGAGCCAUACGCGAACCGGGUCUGUACUCAAUUUCGCAAUCGUAUUCUUGAAACUGAAUCCACCAGCGAGAAAUUCGCGGUAUAAGGUCCCUCUUUGUUAAAGUGGUACGAAGAGCAUUACAGUCGGUGACUAUUUUAAAUUUUAGCCCCAGUAAAUAGAUUCGAAAACGAUUUAGAGAUGCGACAACUGCCAAGGUUUCCAAUUCGAAGGAAUGGAACUUUUGCUCAUCUGCUGUUGUCUUACGACUGUAAUACGCCACUGCUCUAAGUAAGCCGUCUGUACCCCGCUGCAAGAGAAUCCCUGCAACGCCUAGCUUUGAGGCGUCCGUAUGCAGUUCGGUUUCUAAACUAGGGUCAUAUAAAGUCAAUAUAGGACGUUCAAUUAAUUUUGCCUUCAAAAUCCUGAACGACUCUGCCUCCUCAGUGGUCCAUUUCCAUUGGAAUUUAGACUUUAAGAGGUCCGUCAACGGGCGAGCGAUAAGGGCAAAGUCUUUUACGAACCUCCGAAAGAAGCUAGCAAGGCCGACAAACCGUCUGACAUCAUGAACGUUUCGCGGAGUGGGAAAAUGUUUUAUAGCUAACGUUUUACGUGUCCCUGGGCGUAUCCCCUCGCCACUUACAUGAAAGCCUAGAAAUUCUAGCUCAGUGUAAAAGAAGUUACAUUUUUUGAACUUUAGGGUAAGUCCAGCGUCUUUUAAAAGUUGAAGUACCUCCUCUAAACGGCUCAUACCCUGAUCAAACGAUUCUGAAGGAAUGAGUACGUCAUCCAUGUAAAUAAUCGUGUAGCUGACCUUUGACAGUAUUUUAUUCAUGGUUCGUUGAAAGACAGAAGGGGCGUUUGCUAAUCCAAAUGGCAUGCGUUUAAAUUGAUACUGCCCAUCUGGAGUCACAAACGCAGUCUUGUCUUGAGACUUAGCCUCUACAGGAAUCUGGUAGUAGCCUGAUGCGAGGUCCAGGGUCACGAACAAGGAAUUUCCAGAUAAUCUGUCGAGUUGGUCGUCAAUUAUGGGUAAUGGGUAGUGUUCCUUUUUGGUUUUAUUAUUUAAGGCGCGAUAAUCGACACAUAGUCUGCUUUCACCAGUCUUUUUCUUAACUAGUAAGACUGGGCUAGCAUAAGGUGAGUUUGACUCGCAUACUAUGUCCGCAUCAAUCAUUUCGUUGACCAUGGACUGGACUUGUCUACGCUCCGGAAGGGACAGUCUAUACGGGCGAUAAACUACUGGUCGCAAAUCAUGUAAAUCAAUUUCCAUUUGAACUAAACUAGUAAAUCCUAAGUCUUUUAAGUUAUCCGAAAAGCACAUCUCAUAUCUUUUGAGCAACUCUUUAAGUCUGUUAACUUCGUCUUCGUUAAGUUGUUUACCAUAAUUAAAAGUCAAACUAGUGUCAGAAUUUUCUAAGUCUAUUGAAUUUACGCUUAAAUAGUCGCUGACACAGAGAGCUCGCGUAACAAGCGUAUCUCUCUUUAGACUAACUAUACUAUCACUAAAGUUCUGUACCAGUAUUCUACCUUCUCCGUUUUCUAUUUCAUAUUCACCUGGCAUCAAAUAAUAUUCCUUUUGCGGCAUACCACGUAGGGAACCAUUAACACGGACCGCGCCCGAAUAUUUGUUUCCAGAGAAGCAUGGUAACGGAAAUAAUUCUUUAGGGGGUAUCGUAAUAUCGGUUGUCAAACUUAAUUGUAAUUUUAAGGGAUGAUCACGAGCAAAUAUCAAUGAAUCUGUAGUUUUUGUUAUAACUAUACCCGGUUUCUCAGUGAAACUGUGUCCAAUUAAAACAGAAUAUUUGAUUACGCUAUCAUCAACAAUGUACGCGUCGACUUCUUCUACAAUAUCUUGAAUUUCAAUAUUGACGUUCGAGACGCCCAAUGGUAUCACUAUAUUAUUGCCUAUUCCCCUCAUAGUUGGCAAGUUGCUAUCAGUCCACGUAAUUCCUCUCCUAGUGGCCUCACUAUGACGAAUCAGCGUACAUUGGCUACCCAAAUCUACGUAACCUUGAACAAGUUCCCCAUUAAGUUUCAAAUACAUUAGGUAUUUACUAUCAUUCAAAAUAUGUGUUUCGAUACGCAUGACAUCUUUAUCCUUAGGUAUAUCGUUCUUAUUGGUUGAGUCGGAUGGGAGUCUGGGACAGUUAAUAGACAGAUGACCUAAUCUGUUACAAACAGUACACUUUAAUAUCUUUUUAGUACAUUGCGAACUGAAGUGCCCGGGUUCAUUGCAGUUAAAGCAUACAAUCGACAUUUUAUUCUGUGAUCUUGUGGUCUUAGUUUCGCCAUUAUUUACCGUCUGCCUAAAACUAUUGACGGGUAAAGACGAGGUAGUGUUAUUGCGUUUGUCAUAAUUAACCUUUGACCUGUCAGGUUCGCGAGGCUGCUGCUUAAUUGAUUGAAAAUAUUUAAGGACUUGCUCCGGUUCCUGACACUUUGCUGCUUUCGCACCUAAUCUUAACGAUCGAUCCUCAAUCCCGUAUAAUAUACAAUCAACCGCACGUUUACCGUGAACUUCGCAUCGAUUUAGUAAAUUAAUUUUUUCAUAGUAAUAAUGUUCUAAAGAAUCAUUAAAUUUAACACGUUUUGACAACAUCUCGGUGAGUAAUUCAGCAUAGUCUUCACUGCUCGGGAAUGAUUCCUCCAGUUUGACCUUCCACUCAGACCAUGAGUAAGACAUAGAUGGGAGAGCCUGAUACCAGGUUUUUGCAACCCCUGUCAAUUUUGGCAAGGCGUAGUGUAUUAUCUGGUCAUCACCCCAACCGUAAAGCUUUGCACACUCAUCCACUUUAUUGAUCCACAUAAGUAUAGUCUGACUCUUAACCAUAGGGUCAAAGUCUGGAAUCACAUUACCUAACAUGGGAAAUUUAUUACCCUGAGGUCGACUAUUAGUUAAAGCUUCCACCAACGUGGCAAAUAUCGCUUGUGUGUCACUAUUAAGAACAUUGGGGUAACUCACGUGUCCAGACGGUGGCGGUGUUUCUCGUUCGAUGCUGGAUUUCGAGCGUUUGCUGCGACCUCGCCUGCUGCGUUUCCUAUACCGGUCUCGGCUGCGACGACGUCGCCUGUGCUCAUAGCUGCUGCUCCGACUGCGAUACUGGUCCCGACUGCGACUCCGAUUUCGGUGACGGCGAUUCGUAGGCCGCUCGUGCGAUUUCAAGGAAUCUUCAUCCGAUCGCGGCCUCUGCUCAUGAGUACUGCUUGAUCUUGAAUUUCUGCUUUGGUUGCGUCGACGUUUACGCUUAUUGCGCUUACGAUUGCCGCUCAUUUCAUCCAUUUACUAUUCGAUUGAUAUGCUCCAACUUCCGUGCACAACAACAACACGUGGUUAUAAGGUUAUUAUUUUUAUUGAAAUUUCUUUAAAAUCGUGGGCGUACUUGGCUUAUCCCACUUCUGAGAUGAAGGAUCUCAGCUUUUUAUCGCAAAUUAAACGAUGAUGGUUGUAAUUUAAAUAGAUUUAUUUUCUGACAACUGACCGGUGCAAAUUCACAAAGUAGAAUGCAUCAUUUUCACGUCAAAACUAAAUGUCAUUCGUUCACAGUGUUGUCAUAGACAAAUCGAUACAUUAACCGGCAUUCGGUACAAUCAAAUAAUCGUUUAGGUUUAUUUAUAUAAACUGAAGCAUAGUUCUCAAUAUUAAUUUGUAGGCGCAUACUGGCUAAUAUUUGAUAACAAUAUCUACACCUUACUUAAUUACUUAACCUUACAUAAUGUACCAGCGCCAGAAAUUUUACAAAUACCCUACAUAACUAAAAUACCAUAUGUAAUAUUAGGAGAUCAAGCUUUUGCAUUAAGCACACAUUUGAUGACACCAUUUGCAGGAAUUCAUCCAAAAGGGUCAAAAGAAAGGAUUUUCAACUAUAGACUAUCAAGAGCACGCCGAGUAGUAGAAAAUGCUUUUGGAAUCAUGUCGGCAAAAUUUAGAGUAUUGAGAAGUACAGCUUGGCAAAAAAGUCUUGAAACGGUACUAAAAUAUUUGAUCACUGGCAACACUCUUUUUAUCAAAUGUCAAUCAUGUCAAGUUAGUACUUGUUGUGUCAUAACAUAAAUCCUCGUGAUCGUUUUCAUGUUGUUUUAUGCGUAAUUGCGUUAUUUUGGUGAUUAAGUGACAAAUAGUGUGCAAAAUGAAUAGGUCUGUCAUCCGUAGCUCCGCCAGAGAGAUUAUUUAUAAAGUUUAUAAGAGAUGUUUAGCAGAAUCCGAAGCCGGACAGUAUUUAUCCGAUCUCAACGAUGUUUAUAAAAGAACUGCCGAAAUGACUGGUAAAUCUGUCAGUACUAUAAGACGAAUCGCAUUGGAAGGACAACGAAAUAAAGGUGUUUUUUCCACACCAGGAAAGCAUAGAGCGGGACGGCCUAGAAAAGACUUGGACGACUUUGAUUUGUGUGCGAUCAGACAAAAAAUUCAAUUCUUUUACACUGUGAAAAAGAUCGCGCCAACUCUACGAAACCUGUUACCUGUGGUUAGAGAAGACCUCCAAUUUAGCGGAAGCCGUGAACACUUACGAAAAGUUUUAAUAAAACUGGGCUUUAAGUACAGAAAAUGCCAAUCCGACAGACAAGCUCUGAUGGAAAAGCCAAAUAUUGCAGCAAAGCGUGAGGUUUAUCUGGAAAAGAUUAUCGAAAAUAGAAAUUUACCAGAUGACUUGAGAAAGGAUAUUAUUUAUCUAGACGAGAGCUAUGUCCAUACAUCCUACAAAUUAAAGAAAUGCUGGCAAUCCAUUGACAUACAUGGAAUAAAAGAAAAUGUGUCCAAAGGCAAGAGGUAUAUAAUUAUACAUGCAGGGAGUGAAAAUGGAUUCGUACCAAAUGCUCUUUUAAUAUUUAGUGGGAAAAAUAAAAAUGAAGACUACCACUCCGAAAUGAAUAAAAAUAAUUUCACAAAAUGGGUUACAGAAAAAUUAAUACCAAAUGUUCCUAAACCUUCUAUUAUAGUAAUGGAUAACGCCCCCUACCAUUCAGUAGUUCGCAAUAAAGCUCCCACUUCUGCAUCAAAAGUCAGUGAAAUAAAGCUGUGGUUGUCAGAGAACAAUAUACCAUUUUCUGAUACAACAAGAAAGCCAAAUCUGUUGAUGCUUGUCAAACAACACAAACCGGAGCCCAUCUAUGAAAUAGAUGAUCUUUUAAAUAGACAUGGUCACACAGUUGUAAGGCUCCCACCUUACCAUUGUGACCUUAACCCAAUUGAACUAGUGUGGGGCAUUGCAAAACAAAAAAUUGCAUCGCACAAUGUCGGAUCUGUUGACAUCAAGGCAGUAGCUGAACAAGCGUUUCAGAGUAUAUCUACUAAUGACUGGAGAAAUUCAUGCCAACACGUCAUGAAAAUAGAGAGAGAAUAUUAGGUAUCAAUUCAUAAUCAAUUAGAAAGUGAGAAAGGAAGAAUUCCUGGAGAGAGGGAAAACGGCAACGUUAGUUAGAAUUCUGAUCGAAUUCGACAUUCUCUGAAUACUGUUGAAAUCAUCUGAUGUAUCAGAUGUGUCUCAAAAUAUCGCCGUAAGCCAUGGUGGCCCUCCUAAGGUUGAUAAGGAACGGGGUGCAUUUACUUAUACUCCUAUGAUUGACUGUGCUACAUAUUCCGCCAUCAGAUAUGGCUCAAAAUUGUACUUAUUGUGAAGCUGUUAAAUGGCAAAAAGAAACGAACGGUAUGUUAUGCUCAGAUGGGAAAGUGCAUAUUGAAAUAUUAAAAAAUCCUUCGGAAAUAUUAAGAACACUGCGAAGCGGUCACAGUCAAAAUACUUCUUGAACAACAUCUGUUCUUACAAUAAUGCCUUUCAAAUGACGUCUUUCGGAGCAACAGAUUUCAAAAGGCUAUUUUAUGCCGACAUUUUAAGUGCAAGCCCAAGCUUACCACCUUGCACCUCAUUAUUGCUUCAAAUAGCCACAAGUUUCACGAAAUAUUAUAUUAUUUAUCGAAUUAUCAUGACCGGACACAACACUAGCAAGUGACCUACCGGGUCAUACUUCUAGCCGGCGGAAACCCACGGUCGGUGUAUGAAGGAUUGCAACAAUCUACCAUGCACGGAUACCAAAACGCGUAUAACAUAGCACGGCGUUUUAGGUUUAGAUGUUUAUGAUAUUCUAACUUUUAUCACAAGACUUGCUGACACGACCCCACUUCAUUAGACGAUGCUUUUUGGGUAUAUACAGUGUGUACAACUGACGAUGAACAUGCGCGUUGAAAUACAUCAGGAUCCAUCCGCUGAAACUUCCUCUAAAGAACUGUGAGAUAUUGGCAAUAGGAAAGUUGCUGUACAUGAAAAUACUGGAUUCAUCAAAUUACAGAUAGGCUUCUGCACAAUAACACACAUUUCUCCCGCCUACAUACACAAUAUGCUAAACAUAAGUAGUACAUAAGCUGAAAGAGCGAUCUUUUCAGCUAAAUAUCUGACAUCAAUGGGUUAAAUUAAGGAUACAAAAUAUAUUGCCUGGGGACUUGGUGUCAUACAAAUCUAUCGAUGCAGUUUGCGAUAUAACGAGCCUGUGAAUUAUCCCAUUGAGUUUUUAAAUCUAACUUGCCGGCCAUAGCCAUACCACCACAUCAUUUGAACUGAAGUUUGGAUCUCCGAUUAUUCUGCACCACGGCUUUGUAGUGGCGCACGAUAAGUCAUAAAAAAAUUAAUGAAACACGAGAUUGAAGCUAGCAUCUUGAAUGGCAGGUUUGACAAACAUUGUCUGUACAUGGCUUAAAUUUAGAAACACCGUGCUUUCAAACCUAAGUCAUGUUUUUAAAACCACCCAGUUUGUUUUUAUUGGCUAAAGACGGACUAAGAAUAUUGUACCCUCUCUUGCGCUAUUUUUUUUUUUCCAACUGACAGUAUAAUAGCAAUAUGAGUAAAGUUUUGUUGUUUAGAUAGCAUUUUUUUUUUCUAGAUAUAACAUAAUAUAUUAUGUACAUGGCAAAACAACGUUUGCCGGGUCAGCUAGUUACAUAUAUUUAUGAAAUAUUAAUUGCGCCGUAUACCUAAGCCUGCACUCAUAGGUUUCUAAUAUAUGUAUACUAUUAUUUCAAUUAAUUAUUAUGUAUAUGGGUAAUUUUCACGAAAUUCCGAAAUUCUUGUCCUUGGAGUUUAUAGAAAAAUCCAACAAAGAAAUAGAUGUUACUAAUGUUUCUAUACAAUCACCAUAACUAUACCUAAAAGUUUCACAUAAGAUUUAAGAGCCGUAUAAAUAAAUAAAUAAAAAUUCAGAACUAUAAUGUUCCUAAUAUCAUUCCCUCACUGUGUCCCAAGUACCUAUUUUAUUUAUUUUUAUUUACAAAACAAACACAAAAAUCAUUCUGAUCAUAUUCGAGUAGGUUGCAUUGUUUAGGAAUAUUAUAAAUUUAUGGGAAAAACCGAAAUUAGCGUUACAAAGUGAAAAACGCGUUAAAAAUUUGAAUAUUCAUUUGUGUCUCACAAAAAUAAAUCAUUCCCUCACACUAUUACUGGCAGUUGAAUUAUGAACGAAUUUUAAAUAAAAUACGAACGCUACCAUCAGCUUUUGAAAGUUGGCACUAAUGUCAAUUUAUCAAAAUGGCGAAUUUUCUGUGAUUGUGUUCGGGUGCCCGCUCAAAAAAGUUUUUAUUAAUUUUAUUGUUAAAAUAAACUUUUUGAUCGUCAUUUCAUCACAUUCUAAAAAAACAAAAGGUAAGUACUAUAACUGAUUAUAAGUUGCACAGAUAAGAUGGCUUUUGGGAGUUAUUACCAUAAGCAGAAAAAUCGUUUUAAAAGUAAGGUUAUGUUACGAGUUCUUUACGGUUAUUAUUUAUUUCGUCAUUCCCUCACCAUCAUUCCCUCCUAAAAAUUUAUGGUGAGGGAAUGAUGAUAUAUGAGGGAAUGAUUUUUGGUGGGCUAACUGGCUUUUUUUUUGUUUUCUUUUAUUAACACUUGAAUUUAUUGCUGCAAUAUUGUUGUAGAUUAAAAAAUGUCCAGAAAAAAGAAGAUAAGCAAAGAAGAAGCUAAAUUAAAAAAGCGAGAAUAUGACCGAAAGCGCAGGGAAAACAUGAAAGCUGAUCCUGAAACACUUCAAAUACUUCGCGAAAAAGAAAGAGUUAAAUAUAGAAAAAAAAAGAAAAAGGUCAAGUAAAACCUAUAUCCGCAAUGAGUUUCCGAGAAAGAAGACAAAAAAGGAAAAACUGGAGGAAAAAUAGCCAAAUAUAUAGAAACAAAAAAGUAAAAGUGCGCAAGAAUUUAGCAAGACUGUUAGAUGAGACACCACCUCCUAGCCCAGAACCUGGACAAAAUAAUGAUCAAUUAAGAAAUCUGGCAGUUAAUCGGAGAAGGCAGCAACUCAGAAGGCGUAGAGGAAUACUUUAUGCAAGAAUAUCCAGAUUACAGGAAAGACUGAAACAAGAAAUAAGAAGAAAAGAGAGAUUCCGUAAGAGAUGUCAAAGACAAAAUAAAAAUAAUCAGACUUCACCGGAAGCUAAAGUAUCAGCUCUCUUAAAGAACGUCCGAGUUCCUGAAAUUGUGAAGAAGAAGCUUCUCCUAUCAGAAGUUAUUACUAAACAGCUAAAAGAUAGGUACAGUAAUUUAAAGAAACAUUGUGAAAAGAAAAAGUACUAUGAAAUAGUAAAAAACCAGAUCUUUUGAAGAAGCACAAACUACUCAGCUUAUCGAAACAGUUUUUCAAACAUGAUUCUUACAAAAAGAGCGUUUCUAGGAAAGUCAGUGCUAAAUUGAUGAAGGUCAAAAAGGAUGUUCAAGAUUUUUUGGAAAAGGAUGAAAGUUCUCGUAUGUGCCCAGGAAAGAAAGAUUUCGUUAGGUCAAAGGGACAGGUGAAACAAAAACGUUUACUGUGCGAUACCAUGAAAAAUUUGCACAAUAAAUUCCUGACUACAGUUGAUUAUAAAA